UUCCUUUUUCUUUAGUUUCUUUAGAUCAUUUGAUGAUGAACAAAAUGAUAUCUUGAACAAGGCCAAGAUUGAUCCUUUAGCUUCAAACUUUAAUGGCGGGUAGGAGGGUCUAUUCUAGUAAUAGUAGUAACAGUAAUAUCUCUGUUUUGCCCCAAAGUCAAAGGGUUGAGCCUUUCGAUCCCCUCUUCCUUCAAGGCUCUUCUUUCCUUCCUCCGGGCACGAGAUCCAUGUUGAGUUUUGAAGACGUUCAUCGAGCCAAAAGAUCGUUCUUCAGGACGUUUGAUCAAGAAGAGAACGGGGACGACGAUGAUUUAGACGAGUAUUUUCAUCAAACCGAGAAGAAGAAGAGGCGCCUCACCGUUGAACAAGUCCAGUUUCUCGAGAAAAGUUUCGAGGUGGAGAACAAACUCGAGCCCGACAGGAAAAUUCAGCUGGCUAAAGACCUCGGCUUGCAGCCCCGACAAGUGGCCAUAUGGUUUCAGAACCGAAGGGCUCGAUGGAAGACGAAGCAGCUCGAGAAAGACUAUGACGCUUUACAAGCGAACUUCAACAGCCUCAAGGCCGAAUAUGAUGAUCUCCUCGAGGAGAAGGAUAAACUAAAACAAGAGGUUCUUCAGCUCACGGAUAAGUUGGCCACGAAAGAGCGAGAUGAACCACCGCAACAGCCUGUCGACGUUGUUGUUGCGGAUCAGACAGGUCCCGAGGUGGUCUGCAAACAGGAAGACAUGAUCAGCUCUUCCAAGAGUGAUAUGUUCGAUCCAGACCAGUCCGAUGUAACACAGGAAGAGGAAGAUAACUUGAGCAACAAGCUGUUACAUCCUGCAGCUUCUUACAUCUUCCCGAAACUGGAAGACGAUGAUUACUCCGACCCGCCUGCAACAAGUUCGUGUAGUUUUGGAUUCCAUGUUGAAGAUCACGCUUUCUGGUCUUCAGCUUAUUAAGUUUAUACCAUAUCAUAUUUCUGAUAUACAUAAAUAAACAUAUCAUCUUGUUCGUGU